AAACUUUUUUAUUUCAUUAGCUUUCAAGUCUUAAGGGGCACAAAAUCUUGUCGGAAAUAAUACCUUAAAAUUUACAAAAAAUAUUAGUUAUUGUAGUAUAGAAAUGACGACGAUUCGGCCCUUUACGUGUGAAGAUAUGUUAUACUUUAACAAUGUAAAUUUAGAUCCCCUUACGGAAACCUACGGUUUGUCUUUUUAUACACAGUAUUUAGCACAUUGGCCGGAAUAUUUUCAAGUUGCAGAAUCGCCUAGUGGUGAAAUAAUGGGCUAUAUAAUGGGAAAAGCGGAAGGUCAUGGUGAAAAUUGGCAUGGCCAUGUAACAGCCUUAACUGUUAGUCCAGAUUACAGAAGAUUGGGCCUAGCUGCUACUUUAAUGAAUUUACUCGAAGAAGUGUCUGAAAAAAAAAAAGCUUACUUUGUUGAUCUCUUUGUGAGAGUCAGUAACAAAGUAGCAAUUAAUAUGUACAAAAAUCUUGGAUAUAUUGUAUAUAGAACUGUAUUGGAAUAUUAUUCUGGAGACCCUGAUGAAGAUGCUUAUGAUAUGAGAAAAGCCUGCUCAAGAGAUGUGAAUAAAAAAUCUGUUAUACCACUAUCACAUCCAGUUAGACCAGAAGAUGUUGAUUAAAAUAUUAUCAAAAUAAAUGUUUUAAUUCCA